CUCGUAGGUUUUGGGGCCUCAGUUGUGGCUGGACCGCCAGCCGCGAUCGGUCUCUCUCUGGCGUUGAUUUCCACUGUUACUCUCUCCCGGAAACUCUCUCCACCCACGCUAUGUGUUUUUUGUUGUGAAUGAGAGACAUCGUAAACUGUUGUUAUAACUGUUACUUUCCUUUCUGUGUCUCUCUUGCAAACAUUACCCCCUCGCCCGGUGUUCUUUGUCCGUUAUGUAUCGUCAUAAUGCGGAGAGCUCUUUCUGUUUCAUCAAUCGCCUUAACGGGAAUGCCAAUGAUGAACUGCAGCAGCCGGGAGAGCACGAGCCCACUUCCGCUCUUUUGGACUACUGUAAACGGAAGUUCCUCCGUCCAUAUGUGGCCAUCCUGACGCUGGUGGGCCUCAAUCCCAUCUCCACCGACAUGAGCAGCAUCCGGGCCUGCUGCAGCUACGUCCAGGCGCUAAUGGUGCUGUUCGUCCUGCUGGUAGGAUACCUUUUGCGCUACAUAUGCGGCUACAGAGGUGAUCGGGGCUUUACCAGCUACCGAGACAUCCAACCCAGUAACAAUGGGACAGAUGGCGGAGCAGUCACUCCCAACACCAUAGGAGAACUACUCUUUGGAUUUAUAAUACCCAGUGGCUUCAACCUAUUGGCAUUCGUGUCGGCAGUGCUGGUGUGCAAAGUGAUAGACCAUGAGCAGCUGCAAAAUCUCAUCGAGAGGGUGUUCCUUAUGUCCGCCAAACCGAAAAGACUCUGCCGGAUGUUGUGGUUUUUCCUAACCGUGGCACUGGCCCUGCUAAUUUUACUUUUUGGCUACGCCUGCUGUGUGGUGAUGAUGCAGCCCAGCCAGAUCGUGAAGGUGUCCUGGCUGGCAGAAGCCCUAAGUGACUGGGAAACGUGGAUGCGCGUCGGCCUGCUGGUUACCAUACUCCUCCAAGAUCUGGUGGAGAUUAUCAUACUUAGCAACUACUACAUCGAGUGUUAUUUGCUGAGGAUGCAUCUGGAAACGCUCUCACAUAAGUUGCUAAUGCACUCGAUCGAUUCACUGGAUUGGAUGAGGGAAGUACUCGAAUUCCGCAAGCUGCUCGACCGACUUAAUCAGCACGUGUCCAUACCAGUGUGCUUUCUGAUUGUGAUGAAUCUGGCAUAUGCCUUCGCGGGAUUGGUUUACCUCUUCAAGGACUUCGAUUUCCAUUACUGCGCACUGAAACUGGUUCUACUUAACAUUGCCAAUGUGAUGCUGUGGCUGUUUCUGGGAUUGCUGCCCUUUUUCGUUGCCUCCUCGGUGACGCGUGUCUGCCAGAACGCCCAGGCGAAUGGUCAUCAGAUACGGGUUAGACCAUUCGUUUACCACAAUACCUCGGCGGAGGAUCUCAACUCGACGCUGCUGUUUGCCGCCUCGCUGGAUAUGUCCGCCAAACUCUUUCGGAUGCCCAUCCAGCCGAACUACCUAUGCUUUGCCAUCCUCGUGGUGGUCAUCGUGAUCCUCACGCUGGGCAUGUGCAUGAAUCUCAACGCCCUGGGCAAAAUAUAACCGAGUACCUUUAAGCAUUGCCUACAAUAAUAAUAAACAAAUAUAGUAUUUGUCUAGCUUACAA